AAAAAAAAAGAAGAAGCGUGGUUUUGGCGGUUCGCACUUCCACCGUCGACGGGGUGCGCGCGGCCACCGCGCAGCGAUUCCCACAACUUCCCGCCAAAAUCCCGCCGUCUGAACUGAAACACUUCUCUUCUUCCCGCCUUCUUCACACAAUCCAAUCGACGCCCACAUAUACAUUUCUCUCUCUCUCUCUCUCUGAGACUUGAAUUCGUUCCAAUGGCUCCUCCGCGUCGGGCCAGCAAUGGCCGAUCGCCCUUGGUGAAUCAACAAAGCCAAAUCACGGCAUUCUUCUCCAAGCCUUCCUCUUCUUCUCCUUCCCCUGUUCUCUCCAAACAAUCCCCUAAAUUGCACCCUAACCCUAACCCUAAACCCGAUCGGAGCCCGAGCCCGAGCCCUAGCCCCAUCACUCCUUUACUUCUCCAACCCAAGCGCAAGAAGCCUCUCCUAGUCAUUGGUCCAUCUCCCGACCUCACCCCCAACAAGAAACGUUUGGGCGAAGAGGUGCUCAACAAGAGGAUUAGGGUUUAUUGGCCUCUCGACCAGUCUUGGUAUGAAGGUUGUGUCAAAUCCUUCGAUAAAAGCUCUGGUAAGCAUCUGAUUCAGUACGACGAUGCCGAGGAGGAGCUUCUGGAUCUCGAGAAGGAGAAGAUAGAGUGGGUUGAAGAAGUGACUAGGCGGUUCCGCCGCUUGCGUCGCGUUUCGGUGGUCGAAGGCAAGGAAGAGUCGGCGCAUGAUGCGGACGAAGCGGAAGGUGGCGGCGAUGAUGAUUCAGCUGAUGAAAAUUGGAACGAAGCGGAGCCCGGAGAGGCCGACGAGGAUGUUUCGGAGGAUAUGGAUUUGGAAGACGACGAAGAGAGUGACGAGGGAAGGAUCAAGCUAGCGCGGGGCAAGAACUCGAAUUCAGGAAAGCGGAAGUCGAGCGCGGAAGCGAAGCCGGGUUCUAAUAAGAAGAGCAAGGGCGUAGGGGAUGCUAAAAAGGGCACAUGUAAGGUUUCUCCAGAGUGCAACGGAGACAGAUUGUUCGAGCCUAAAGAUCACGGCCGUGGAAAUGCACCUCAUGCUGUAAAUGAUGUUUUAAUGGGUGAUGCAGCAGAAAGGUUUGGCAUGCGAGAGGCGCAGAAGUUGCACUUUCUUGGGGAAGAGCGGAGGGAUGCCAAUAGAAGACGCUCUGGAGAUGUAAAUUAUGAUCCAAGAACUUUAUAUUUACCCCCUAAUUUUUUAAAGAGCUUAACUGGUGGCCAGAGGCAAUGGUGGGAGUUCAAGUCUAAGCACAUGGACAAAGUUCUGUUUUUUAAGAUGGGAAAAUUUUAUGAGCUUUUUGAAAUGGAUGCACAUUUAGGAGCUAAAGAACUUGAUCUGCAAUAUAUGAAGGGAGAACAGCCUCAUUGUGGGUUUCCAGAAAAGAAUUUCUCAAUGAAUGUGGAGAGGCUGGCUCGGAAGGGUUAUCGUGUUCUUGUUGUGGAGCAGACAGAGACACCUGAACAGCUUGAGCUUCGUCGCAAGGAGAAGGGUUCCAAAGACAAGGUUGUGAAACGGGAGAUAUGUGCUGUGGUCACAAAAGGAACCUUAACAGAGGGAGAAAUGAUGUCGGCCAACCCUGAGGCUUCUUAUCUUAUGGCAUUGACUGAAAGUUGUCAAGAAAACCAUCUGGAGCGGGUCUUUGGUGUUUGUGUAGUUGAUGUUGCCACAAGCAAAAUUAUUCUUGGUCAGUUUCAGGAUGAUCCAGAGUGUAGUGCCUUGUGUUGUCUUUUAUCUGAACUGAGGCCGGUGGAAAUUGUUAAACCUGCUAAACUGCUUACCUCUGAGACUGAAAGAGUACUAAUGAGACAUACGAGAAAUCCCUUAGUUAAUGAAUUGGUUCCACUAUUGGAAUUCUGGGAUGGUGAGAAAACUGUUUGUGAAAUCAAGGCUAUCUACAGGCAAAUAUAUAAGCAAUCAGCAUCUUCAUCUUUGAAUGAAGCAAAGUCGAAAGCUACUGUUUGCUCUUCAGAAGAUGUCAACUGCUUACCAGAUGUACUGUCAGAACUUGUGAAUGCAGGCACCAAUGGCAGUUAUGCACUCUCAGCUCUUGGAGGCGCACUCUUCUACUUGAAGCAAGCUUUUCUUGAUGAAACUUUGCUUAGAUUUGCAAAGUUUGAGUUGCUCCCUUGCUCUGGUUUUGAUGAUAUUACUCGAAAGCCAUACAUGGUUCUUGAUGCAGCUGCACUGGAGAACCUUGAGAUAUUUGAGAACAACAAAAAUGGAGACUCUUCUGGAACACUAUAUGCGCAAUUGAACCAUUGUGUGACAGCUUCAGGUAAGAGGUUGCUCAAAACAUGGCUUGCAAGACCUUUAUAUCAUCUGGAGUCAAUUAGAGAACGCCAGGAUGCUGUAACUGGUGUCAAGGGGGUGAAUCUACCUUUAGCACUUGAAUUCCAAAAAGAUUUGUCCAGGCUUCCUGAUAUGGAACGCUUGCUUGCACGCAUCUUUGCUAGCAGUGAGGCUAAUGGAAGGAAUGCAAAUAAAGUUAUUCUAUAUGAGGAUGCAGCAAAGAAACAGCUUCAGGAGUUCAUAUCUGCCUUGCGUGGUUGCGAAUUAAUGACCUCUGCAUGCACUUCACUUGGUGUCAUUUUGGAAAAUGUUGAAUCUAGACUCUUACAUCAUCUAUUAACCCCCGGCAAAGGUCUUCCUGAUGUUCAUUCAGUUUUAAAGCAUUUCAAGGAUGCCUUUGAUUGGGUGGAAGCAAAUAAUUCAGGCCGUGUAAUACCCUGUGAAGGGGUUGAUGUAGAGUAUGAUUCUGCCUGCAGCAGAGUUGCAGAGCUGGAGUCCAGUUUGAGCAAACACUUGAAGGAGCAGCAGAAAUUACUUGGAGAUGCAUCUAUUAGUUAUGUAACUGUUGGAAAGGAGGCAUAUCUUUUGGAAGUCCCUGACAGCUUGAGCAGGCAAAUUCCAAAGAAUUAUGAGUUGCGAUCGUCUAGAAAGGGCUUCUUCCGGUAUUGGACUCCCAAAAUUAAGACGAUGAUGGGGGAACUCUCUCAAGCUGAAUCUGAGAAGGAGUCUAAGUUGAAAAACAUUUUGCAAAGAUUAGUUGGACAUUUCUGUGAGCAUAACAAUAAGUGGAGACAGUUGGUUUCAACAGUUGCUGAACUAGAUGUUUUGAUUAGCUUAGCAAUUGUGAAUGACUAUUAUGAAGGAUCCACCUGCCAGCCUAUUAUCUCUGGGUUGCAAUGUCCAGAUGAAACACCACUCAUCAUUGCUAAAAGUUUAGGCCAUCCUGUUCUUAGAAGUGAUUCUCUAGGCAAGAGCUCAUUUGUUCCAAAUGAUGUUUCUAUUGGUGGUCACAGUCAUUCAAGUUUCAUCCUACUUAGUGGCCCUAACAUGGGUGGGAAGUCCACUCUUUUGCGCCAAGUCUGCUUGGCUGUGAUACUGGCCCAGAUAGGAGCAGAUGUCCCUGCAGAAAGCUUUCAGAUGUCACCUGUUGACCAAAUGUUUGUUAGGAUGGGUGCAAAAGACCAUAUCAUGGCAGGACAAAGUACAUUUCUGACUGAGCUUUUAGAAACUGCAUCUAUGCUGUCAUCUGCAACCCGCAACUCACUCGUGGCAUUGGAUGAGCUUGGACGUGGGACAUCAACUUCAGAUGGACAAGCCAUUGCGGGAUCAGUUCUUGACCAUUUUGUCCACAAGGUGCAGUGUCGAGGAAUGUUUUCUACUCACUACCAUCGAUUAGCUGUAGACUAUUUGGAGGAUCCCAAUGUCUCUCUAUGCCAUAUGGCAUGCCAAGUUGGAAAAGGGGUUGGUGGUGCAGAAGAAGUUACUUUUCUUUACAGGCUGAUGCCUGGUGCAUGCCCUAAAAGCUAUGGUGUUAAUGUUGCACGGAUAGCUGGACUUCCUGAGACCGUACUUCACAAGGCGACUACCAAGUCUCAAGAGUUUGAGGGAAUGUACGGUAAACACAGCAAGGUAUCAGAGGGCAUGUCUGCUCAGAGUGCAGCAGGGAAGAGAGUAAUCGAUCUUAUCCAGGGCAUAACUAAGGUUGCAUCAAAUUCAAGUUGCCAAGAGGCAGAUGAGAGCAUGUCUCUCAGCUCACUGCUUGAACUGCAGCACAGGGCAAGAGUACUUUUGAAGGAAAUUUAAAACCCGGGUCCCGGUGGAUUUUUAUGGCUCAAUGUGCAUGCAUGGCCGCAAUGCGCAGUGGCGUGCAUUCCUGUUUCAGGAAAUUGUCUGACGGGCAACUAAUCGGCCAGCAGCUCUAACUGUCCAAGCUCUUUCUAGCUAUGUUAUGUUGUUCAAGUGUUGCUUUUUCAAACCUGAACCCUGCCAUCAUCACCUGGUUCAAUUGUUAGUUGGCCAACUUGGGUUGUAUACAUAUAACUAAAAUCUUUGGGACAGAUUUCUGGUCAGCAACGGUGACCCAAGUUGUCUUCCGUUGGUGAGAGUUUGUAAACUACUUUUCCAAGCCAACCGACCAUACCCAAUUUUUGUACAAUAUUUUAGCUGCGCAUGAAGUUAACUUGUGUUCA